UUUCCUCGGUGAACGUCGUGGGCUUGGUGAUGUAUCUUGAGCACAGUUUCAAUAUUCGUCGUGUGAAGGUAGCGGUACAUUUCCCUCUUAAAGUGAGUCCGUAGCCAAGGGCGUGGGCUGAGACGAACAGAGUGCCCUUGUACCCGUUCCUCCUUCCUUGUUUUUACCGGGCCGACCGGCGACCCGCACGGGCUGGGCAAGAUGAGUGACAUGAGUCGACUAACGGGAAAGAUUGGAGACGCAACUUUGAUAGAGAUGAGCCCGGAUUCUCCCUGUGAUGAGGACAACAACGGCUACCACCACCAUCACCGUGACAUCGACCUUGACGAGUAUCCACACUCCCAGCCUGACCCCUCAGAGGUGGACAAGCAUCAACAGAGUAAGGACUCUGUGUUCUUCCGGGAUGGAAAGAAGAGGAUUGACUUCGUCCUGUCCUAUGUGGAUGACCGAGACGGAGAGAGGAAACAGGAGAGGCGGAGGGAAUAUGAGGCUAACCUACAGAAAGCAGGGCUGGAGCUGGAGACAGAGGAUAAAUCGGAGUCAGAUGACAGGAAGACAUACUUUGUGAAGAUCCACGCUCCAUGGGAGGUUCUGGCCACCUACGCCGAUGUCCUCAAGAUCAAGGUUCCCUUCAAGGAAAACGACAUCCCCGUUCACCAGGACAUUCCCAUGGACUGGCUGUUCACUCCUUUCCGUCUACCGGACCACAUUAUGAAUCCUGAACCUGACUAUUUCACCUCACCAUUCAACAAGGGAAAGAUUGACUUCUUCCUCAUCGAUGACAAGGAGACAUUCUUCCCUCCUUCCGUCCGCAACAGGAUAGUGUACUACAUCCUAGCACGUUGUCCCUACCACAAGACGGACAGAGAGGACAAGAAAGGCAUCAAGCGCCUGCUCAACAAUGGGACGUACGGGUCUGCCUUCCCACUACAUGAUUCUCGAUACUGGAAGCCAUCCAGAGAUUCCAACAGUGAGAGUGAGAGAUUCAACCUCUAUACACACUGGGCCCAGUUCUUCAGUUUCUUCAAAGAGCAGCCCCUCAACUUGAUACGGAAGUAUUACGGGGAGAAGAUUGGGAUCUACUUUGCCUGGCUGGGUUUCUACACUGAGAUGCUGUUCUUCGCUGCGGUAGUAGGCCUGAUCUGUUUUCUCUAUGGAUUGUUCACCUUCGAUGACAACGUCUGGAGUAAAGAAAUCUGUAGUGAGGAGAUUGGAGGCAACAUCAUCAUGUGUCCGCUGUGUGAUAAGAAAUGUGGCUACUGGAAACUCAACUCAACGUGUAACUCUUCCUGGCAAUCUCAUAUGUUUGACAACGUGGGGACGGUGUUCUUUGCCAUAUUCAUGGGGAUUUGGGUAACUCUGUUCCUGGAGUUCUGGAAGCGUCGGCAGGCCCGUCUGGAGUACGAGUGGGACCUGGUGGACUUUGAGGAAGAGCAGCAACAGCUUCAGCUGCGACCAGAGUACGAGACCAAGUGUACCUCCCGCAGACUUAACCGCGUCACACAGGAGAUGGAGCCAUACUUACCCGUAACAUCCCAGUGUGCUCGUACAUUCCUGUCUGGAGCCACAGUCAUAUUCUGGAUCUCCCUGAUCAUAGCGUGUAUCAUCGGGGUGAUAGCGUACCGUCUGGCGGUGUACGCGGCGUUCGCCAGCAUCAUGAAGGACAGCCCCACCAACAACAUCCACAUGGUGGGCUCCCUCAUCACCCCUCAGCUCGCCACCUCUGUCACCGCUUCCUGCAUCAACUUCGUCAUCAUCAUGAUCCUCAAUCUGAUGUAUGAGAGAGUGGCCAUCUGGAUCACUGACCUGGAGAUUCCCAAGACUCACCUGGAGUACGAGAACAAGCUGACGGUGAAGAUGUUCCUGUUCCAGUUCGUCAACUACUACUCUUCCUGUUUCUACGUGGCCUUCUUCAAGGGGAAGUUCGUCGGUCGUCCCGGAGACUACAUCUACAUGUUCGGCUGGAGCAAGCUGAGGAACGAGGAGUGUGACCCAGGUGGUUGUCUGAUUGAGCUGACCACUCAGCUGGUCAUAGUGAUGUCUGGGAAACAGGUCUGGGGUAACGUCCAGGAGGCCCUGGUUCCGUGGGUAAUGAAUCGGUGGGGGAGCCGUAAAGCCCGCAGUCACCCAGAGAGCCGCUACAGUCGCUGGGAACAGGACCACGACCUGCAGAACUUUGGACAUCUGGGACUCUUCUAUGAGUACCUGGAGAUGGUGAUCCAGUUUGGUUUCAUCACUCUGUUCGUGGCCUCCUUCCCUCUGGCCCCUCUGCUGGCGCUGUUGAACAACAUUAUAGAAGUUAGAGUGGACGCCUGGAAGUUCACCACCCAGUUCCGUCGGCCCGUAGCAUCUAAGGCCCACAGCAUCGGUGCCUGGCAGGAAAUACUCAACGGGGUGGCCGUCCUGUCGGUCGUCACUAACGCGUUCAUCGUAGCCUUCACAUCAGACAUGAUUCCCCGGCUGGUGUACAUGUAUGCCUACAGCAACGAUCUCUCUAUGAAGGGCUACAUCAACAAUAGCCUGUCAGUGUUCAACAUCUCUGGGUUCUCUAAGGACAACCGGCCUGAAGACGGAGAGAGCCCUGAAUGGUUCAACAGCUCUGUCAUCACCACCUGCAGGUACCGUGACUACCGCUACCCAUCGGGCCAUGAGAAGGAGUACUCUCACACCAUGCAGUUCUGGCACAUCCUGGCUGCCAAGCUGGCCUUCAUCAUUAUCAUGGAGCAUGUCGCGUUCAUGGUGAAGUUCUUCGUGGCGUGGAUGAUUCCUGACGUUCCCGCCGAGGUGAAGGCCAGGAUUAAACGAGAACGCUACCUCAUCCAGGAGUACCUGCAUAACUACGAGGUGGAGAAGCUGAAGAUCCAGCUAAGCCAGAGGAACGAUGACUGCUGCUGCACCCCUAUGAUCUACCCCGACAUAUCCCGGCACGUAGUGCUGUCCGAGUGUCUCUAGCACCCGUCCACGCCCUCCGCCCACUCGUUUGAUUUUGGCUCGUGUUCAUUAGGUCACACAACGGAAAACGUUUUAAAAUGUUUUUCAACAGGAAAUUUAAAUUAGCUUGUUUUUUUGGUUUUUUUUGCCUUUGGACAAAUAGUUAGUUACUCCCUGUUUGAAUCUGUUUUGUUUCCAUUUGGUGCCUGAUGAACAGGACCCUGGUUCAGGUUGGGCUGGGGCCUGGGCUGGUCUUAAGGAGAUUCUCGAUAAAACUACCCUGAGAGGUGGGCGAUCUGUAACACAAAGGGCUCAGUCUGCAGGUGGAGUGGUGAGCAAUCCUCACAGAAAUAGAGUACCUAAUACAAUACAUCAUACAUUUACAUUUUACGUCAUUUAGCAGACGCUCUUAUCCAGAGCGACUUACAGUAGUGAAUGAAUACAUUUCAAACAUUGCAUUUUUUUAUUUGUUUUUUUUGUACUGGUCCCCCGUGGGAAUCAAACCCACAACCCUGGCGUUGCACACACCAUGCUCUACCAACUGAGCCACAGGGAAGAUCAUCAUCAUCAUCAUCAAAUACAAGAAGAUACUACAUUCAGCAUCUCUUUAGGUCCGUCUAUGUAUGGUCUAUGGAUUUCAGUGUAGAUCUAGUGUUGUAGUGUGGACGGGUGGUUGAUUUGAAGAGAAGAUCUAACAGCAUGGAGGAAAGCAGGGAAACAUGGCCUCUGCUAGUAAUCACUCUCUCUCUCUCUCUCUCUCUCUCUCUCUCUCUCUCUCUCUCUCUCUCUCUCUCUCUCUCUCUCUCUCUCUCUCUCUCUCUCUCUCUCUCUCUCUCUCUCUCUCUCUCUCUCUCUCUCUCUCUCUCUCAGAAGUGGUUAUACUCUUCUGGUCAUUCACUAAACACUGUGUUAAUGAAGGGCAGCUUUGACUAGCACCUAGCCCACUGACCUGUUUAUGUUGUAAGUGACACUAUUAUAAGCAACCAAAGACAAAAAUGCCUUAAUAUUUUACAAAUUAAUUGUUAAAUGAGUAAAGAGGCUAUAGUUUGUUAAUAAAUUCCCCUUACGAAAAAAAAUAUUGCAGUUAUAACUACACUCUGACUACAAUCUUUUUUGUUGUUGUUGUAAAGGUUGUCUUUUUUAUUUUAUAUUUUAUUUUUUAAAUGUUUUGUGUUCUUAUAUGUUAAAUCAUUCUUAAAAAAUGUUCAUAUUCAACAAAUAUGCAAUAAAGCCUAUAUCAAGGAUCAAGGUCAGGUUUCUCUACGGGGUCCAUGAAGACUUGUUAUAGUAUUAGUAGCUACAAAACAAGCAGAUUUUGUUGCAUCAAAACAAUCUUGUCAGAGGUUUUGAAUGCCAACAUUUUUUUUUUCAUCCAUAUCAUUUUUUUUCUCUUCAUUUUAUUUAUUUUUGUAUUUAAACAGGGAGUCACCAUUGAGACCAGGUUCUCUUUCACAAGGGAGCCCAGCACAUACAAUUCAUAGACAAAUCAAAACUAACUAAAAUACAGUACAACAAAAAAAAUCCUGAAAAACAGCCACAUUCCUCAGAUAACAGUUCCCCAAUCAAUAUUUGAAAUGACCCCAAGCUGUGUGUCCAAUUGAAGUGUAUUUUGCAAUUGGUUCCAGCAAUGAGGUGCAUUGUUUGUUGACUGAAGUCAUAGAUUAUUGCUUUUGAUUCAAUUACCUUCGCUUUUUA